AUGAAGAGAGGACAUGUAGAAACGUGGGACCCACCACCACAACCACCGUCUGGUUCUGGUCCUUCAAUGGCGGAUAACAAGAGUAAGAUGGCGGCGGAUGAUAGCAACAUGGAUGAGCUUCUCGCUGUUCUUGGCUACAAGGUUCGAUCUUCAGAAAUGGCUGAAGUAGCACAGAAGCUUGAACAGCUCGAGAUGGUCUUGUCUAAUGACGAUGUUGGUUCUACUGUCUUAAACGACACUGUUCACUAUAACCCUUCUGAUCUCUCUAGCUGGGUCGAGAGCAUGCUCUCCGAGCUCAACAACCCGGCUUCUUCGGAUCUCGACCAGACCCGAAUUUGCGAAGAUUCCGAUCUGAGAGCAAUUCCGGGACUUUCUGCGUUUCCGGCGGAAGGAGAGGUCGUUGACGAGGAAGCUAGCAGCAAAAGGAUCCGACUUGGACCAGUCGGAUCCUGGUGCGAUGCGGCGGGUGAGUCAACUCGGUCUAUGGUGCUCGUUGACUCGCAGGAGACUGGAGUUAGACUAGUUCACGCGCUAGUGGCGUGCGCUGAAGCGAUUCAGCAGGAGGAUCAUAACUUAGCCGACGCGCUCGUGAAACGCGUGGGAACACUCGCGGUUUCUCAAGCCGGAGCUAUGGGGAAAGUCGCGACGUAUUUCGCCCAGGCCUUGACACGUCGGAUUUAUCGUGCUUACAUGACGACGGAGACGGACUUCUCAGGUGGUUCCGCGGUGGGCCCAUCCUUCGAAGAGGUUUUGCAGAUGCACUUUUACGAGUCCUGCCCUUACCUGAAAUUCGCUCAUUUCACGGUGAAUCAAGCGAUUCUAGAAGCUGUCACGACGGCGCGUAGAGUUCACGUAAUCGAUCUUGGGCUUAAUCAAGGGAUGCAGUGGCCGGCUUUGAUGCAAGCUUUAGCGGUGAGACCCGGUGGACCUCCGUCGUUUCGUCUCACCGGAAUCGGACCUCCACAGACGGAGAAUUCGGAUUCGCUUCAGCAAUUAGGAUGGAAAUUAGCUCAAUUCGCUCAGGCGGUAGGCGUCGAAUUCGAAUUCAAGGGAUUAGCCGCAGAGACUUUAUCGGAUCUAGAACCCGGAAUGUUUGAGACCCGACCCGAAUCAGAAACCUUAGUGGUCAAUUCGGUGUUUGAGCUCCACCGGCUUUUGGCUCGAUCCGGUUCGAUCGAGAAGCUUCUGGCAACCGUCAAGGCUGUGAAGCCGAGCAUCGUGACGGUGGUGGAGCAAGAAGCGAACCACAACGGAAUCGUCUUCCUGGAUAGGUUCAACGAAGCGCUUCACUACUACUCGAGCUUGUUCGACUCGCUCGAAGACAGUUACAGCUUACCGAGUCAAGACCGAGUUAUGUCAGAGGUGUACCUGGGAAGACAGAUACUGAACGUGGUGGCGGCGGAAGGAUCCGAUCGGGUCGAGCGACACGAGACGCUGUCACAGUGGAAAACCCGGAUGGGAUCCGCAGGGUUUGCUCCGGUUCCUCUCGGAUCCAGCGCGUUUAAACAGGCGAGCAUGCUCUUAUCGCUCUUCGCCGGCGGGGAUGGAUACAGAGUUGAAGAAAAUGACGGUUGCCUUAUGCUUGGGUGGCAGACGCGACCAUUAAUCACCACUUCUGCGUGGAAACUCGGCGGAGCCGCCGUAGAGAUGACUCGCUAA